UUUUUUUUUUUUUUUUUUUUUUUUUUCAGUCAUCAAUUGUUUUCGAUCAUUCAUCAUCAAUCGUGAUUUAACUCAACUGCUAAGUCCCUUUUCUUAAAUUUCUUCAAAUUGUCACGAACCCAAAUAUCCCGUUCUGAAUGCAACUAACUUGAAUUAAACCCCUUACAAGAUCAGGGUUUUAAUCAAUUUCCCACCUGGGUAUUGUGUAGAUCUUGAGUCUUUUUUAUUUUAAACUCGAAAUUACUAGUUUUUCCAUCUGGUUUUUUGUUAAAUUCGUCAAAUUUGUGAAUAUGAACUCAAAUUUACAAGUUUUUGAUUCCAGGGCCUCGUUCAAAUCUUGAAAUUGGUGGUUUGAGCAUAAAAUCACAAGUUUUCCUUAUCUGUUUUUUUUUUUGUUUGUUGAGCAAUAAUGGCUUCUUCAAUGCUGCAUGGAGCUGAGAAUAUCGCAAAUAUAAGAGGAAGAGUAUACCCAAACGGAUUAGAGUUUAACAGGUCAGAUUUGCAUGGUAGAAAGUCUUUCCUGAAAAUUAAUCUGGCUAGUGGGAAUUCGAAUUUGAGAGGCAUAAGUAAGAGGUUAGUUGUACCCAAGUGCAGUGUGUCUGUACCAAGGCCAGCUUCACAGCCUCGGUUCAUCCAACACAAAAAAGAGGCGUUUUGGUUUUAUAGGUUUCUUUCAAUUGCAUAUGAUAAUGUGUUCAACCCGGGUCAUUAUACCGAAGACAUGAGAGACGAAGCCUUGGAACCUGCUGAUCUCAAUAGCCGUGAUAUGAUAGUGGUGGAUGUCGGUGGUGGGACCGGCUUCACAACUUUGGGUAUUGUGAAACAUGUUGAUGCUAAAAAUGUUACAGUUUUGGAUCAAUCGCCACAUCAGCUUGCUAAAGCGAAGCAAAAGGAGCCAUUGAAGGAAUGCAAGAUCAUUGAGGGGGAUGCUGAGGAUCUUCCUUUCGAAACAGAUUAUGCAGAUAGAUAUAUAUCCGCUGGAAGCAUUGAGUACUGGCCUGACCCACAACGAGGCAUCAAAGAAGCAUACAGGGUUCUAAAGAUAGGAGGAAAGGCAUGUAUAAUCGGGCCUGUAUAUCCAACCUAUUGGUUGUCUCGUUUCUUUGCAGACAUGUUUAUGCUGUUUCCAAAGGAGGAAGAGUACAUCGAGUGGUUUGAAAAGGCUGGAUUCAAAGAUGUUAAGAUCACGAGGAUUGGCCCAAAAUGGUAUCGUGGGGUCCGCCGCCACGGUCUUAUCAUCGGCUGCUCUGUUACCGGAGUCAAACCCGUAUCAGGGAAUUCACCGUUGCAGCUGGGCCCCAAAGUAGAGGAGUUGAGGAAGCCGGUGAACCCGCUUGUGUUCCUAGCCCGGUUUCUUGUGGGUGUGAUGGCUGGUGGUUACUAUGCCAUGAUCCCUAUUUACAUGUGGCUCAAGGACCAAAUUGUCCCCAAAGGUCAACCAAUAUGAGUCUUGUGAGAUGGUUCAUGUCUGAUUUGCGUUUUGGUUUGUAUGAUAUGAUAUGAUGCCUUGUUUUCAGUUUAAACUUCAAGACGCAUGUGGUUUGUUUCUGUUUAAAGUGUAACAAAAGUUUCAUGUCGCAUAUUUAGGAAUCUUUAAUGUAUUGACAUGAAAGUGGAUAUCCCAGCUAUCGAUCGAAUAUCGAUCCCUAUGUUAA